UGUAACUAAUAUCGCUAUCGCGAACCAACAUUUUCAUUCACAUUAACGUUAGCUAGCUAAAUUGGCUAGCAAGUCAACUUGUAGCUAGUUCGCUAGCCCACAGCCACACACUAAACAUUUAACGUUAGCUUGCUGCAGGGGAGGGUAGGUCGCUAGAACAACUACCGAAAGUUCGCCUUGUGAAAAUUGUCAUACGUUUCGUAGAGGCCGUCGUGAUAUUAAACCUAAACUGAGAACGGUUGGUUAACUAGUUUAGUUAGCGAGUUAUUGUAUGUGUUUGAGACAAGUAGCCCACACACUGCAAACAGGGCCUUUUUAGCUAAUGUUUGGACUGACUAGCUGCCUGUUUUCUCCCUCUAUUUAGCUAAACAGAGACCAGUCAGUUUAAUAAAAUACAAACAUUUUAUUGUGCGUGAUACUGUAAAAUUAAGUAAUUUACUUGAUGGCAUAAGUAUUGUUCUGGGGGAAACACUGGCAAUAUCAAAUGUGUCUAUGAACCCCAGUGGAAUUUCGCUCACCACAAGAAGCUCCAUCAUGGUUUUAUAAAUAACACCCAGCUGGCCAGACUGCAAGCCUGUCCUGUCCCCAGGGUUUACAUUUGGUAUUUUCCAUUGGAUCUCACUGAAAAUGGAUCUAGCCUAAUCAGAUGGCUUUGAGUUAUAACUUUGAAGCCACCUCGGAGUGGAUCCAGUUCUUCAAGGAUGCUGGGAUCCCUGCUGGUCUUGCUGUCAACUAUGCCGUGUCUUUUGUGGACAACAGGAUCCAGAAGACCAUGCUGAUGGAUCUCAGUAAGGAGAUCAUGAUGGACCUGGGCAUCACUGUCAUCGGUGACAUUAUUGCCAUCCUCAAACACGCCAAACAGGUCUACCGACAGGACAUGUGCAAAAUGGCCACACAGGCCAUAACCUCAGGACAGUCCAGCAUUCAGACCGAACUCAGAAGAACUGCCAACACCCCCGCCACACGUAUGAUUGCCAACGCCUUGAGCCACGACUCACCGCCAACCACACCAGCCCAUCACCCGGACAACCGGGCAAUCUCUGUGACCGUGUCGAACAAACAGGCGAAGAGUGGCAAAGCAGUGCUGAGCCGACCUGCUGACGAUGGGAACGGUCUGCCGGCAAAGCGUCGCCGCGUGACUGCAGAGAUGGAAGGCAAGUACAUCAUCAACAUGCCCAAAGGCACCACGGCACGCACCGCCCGAAUCCUGGCCCAGCAGGCCAAGAAAGGGAGCAAGCGGAUGUCUGUGUUUGAGCGACUGGGAGCCGAGUCCAAAGCCGACACCACCACGGGCAGCAGCAAGGCCACGGGUGUGUUCAGUCGUCUGGGCCGAGCAGACGAAGCAGAGGAGGAGCAGGGAACAGCAGGAAGGGUUGAUGUAGACGGAGCAGAGCAGGAGGAGGAGGAGGAUGAUAAUAGUGAUGGAGAGGGUUCGGUCCUACAGUACGCUGGCGUCCUAAAGCGACUCCCUCCCUCCCAAAAGAAAGAGCCUGUGGCCCCCAAGCGGGCCCCCACCACCCUCCGCCGCCUAGGAGUGAAGAUCAAACUCCCCCCUACUGACUCUCCCUCCUCCUCCUCUUCCUCCCCCAAUGGCCUCCCCCCUGCCAAGCGCAGCGUGCUUCAGAGACUGGGUAAACCAAAUGCCUCCCCACCGCCGGCCGACACCCAGGACAGCCGUGUGACCAGCACCAGAAAUAAGGCUCGGCCAGGCCUGGUCCUGGCUAGCCCCAAGGUCAGCAGCAGCACCAGGGCUGGAGGAGGGGAGAGUUUUGGGGCUCAGAUGGACGUAGGGUCAGUCAAUGUCUUUAAGAGACUGGGCAGCAAGAGGACCUAACGCAUAUCAGGCCACGAUUAGACCUAUACCGUUUCUUUAUAUUAUUUGCAUCCAUCCGGAAGGCUAGUUAUUGUGACAUGUUGGUAACAUCACAUAGACAGCUAGCCUGGGUACCAGUCUGUUUGCGCUAACAUUCCCCUCCCUGUCAUGCUAUGUUUAUUAUAUGACACGGAGUACAAGAGGUGGAAUGUUAGUACAAAACAGGUCUGUAUUUUAGGCUUACUGCUUCUAGGAGUUGGCUCAGUGAUGAAAAGGGAUUGUGGGAAUGCAGGAUGUAAUGUUCACCGUAUCACCUCAGCACUCGCCUCCACCGGGCUGUGACUACCGGGUACAGUCCACUUAAGACGUUCAUGCUGUAACACUAGUCCGGCAACA